AUGUCGAUUCGCCGUCGUCAUCUUAUCGGCGUCCACGUCGUAACAUUGUCGCUGUUGAUCACUCUUGCUCCUGGAACUCCGGCCUCCGACAUGAUAUAUACCGGCGGCAAACUCAUCGACGGCAACACCCUAGUCUCGGCAGGAGGCUCAUUCACGCUGGGGUUCUUCUCCCCACCGGGGGAGCCGACCAAGCGGUACCUGGGGACAUGGUUCUCCUUCUCCGCCCCAACCCCGGACGCCACGGCCAUCUACUGGGUGGCCAACCGUGACCGCCCUCUCGCCGGCACCUCCAGCGCGCUGGUGCUCACCACCUCCGGCACCCUUCUCCUGCUGGACGGCACCACCAACGACACGGUAUGGUCUUCGGGCUCCACGGCCUCCACGCCUCCCGCAGGCGCGCGCAUUCUCGACUCGGGCAACCUGGUCGUCGUGCAGGGACGCAACAACAGCACGGCGCUGUGGCAGUCGUUCGACCACCCCUGCAACUCCCUGCUGCCCGGGAUGAAGAUCGGCCAGAACCUGUGGAACGGCGACGAGUGGUACCUGUCCUCGUGGCGCUCCCCCACCGACCCCGGCCCGGGAAGCUACCGCUACAUCACCGAGCUCGGCGGCGGCACGCCGGAGAACGUGAUGCGGGACAGCGGCAGCGCCAAGAGGUACCGGACGGGGCCGUGGAACGGCGAGCGGUUCGAUGGCGUCCCGGAGAUGGCGUCGUACUCGAGCUACUUCACCUACCAGGUGACCGUCAGCCCCAGCGAGGCCACCUACAGCUACAACGCCAAGCCCGGCGCGCCAUACUCCCAGCUGAGGCUGGGCGACGCCGGCGUCGUCCAGCGCCUCGUGUGGGACGCCGGCAGCCGGCAGUGGAACUCCUUCCUCAAGGAGCCCAGGGACGACUGCGACGACUACGCCCACUGCGGCGCGUUCGGCCUGUGCGACCGCAACGCCGCGUCCACGUCGCUCUGCACAUGCUUCAAGGGCUUCGUCCCGGCGGUUCCUAAGGAGUGGUCCCUGAGGGAGUACUCCGACGGGUGCCGCCGGAACGUCUCGCUCGACUGCGGCGGCAGCAACCGGAGCCGGAGCAGCACGGACGGGUUCCAGGUGGUGCCGUUGGUGAAGCUCCCCGACACACAGAACGCGACGGUCGACAUGGCCAUCAGCCUUGACGAGUGCGGGCUCAGGUGCCUCGCCAACUGCUCGUGUGUGGCGUAUGCUGCCGCCGACGCAACCGGAGGUGGCUGCAUCAUCUGGACCGACUCUUUUACUGAUCUGCGCUUUGUAGAGAAGGGCCAGGAUUUCUACCUCCGGCUGCCCAAGUCACUACUAGGUGGGAAGAAAAAGAAGAAAGUUGCUAUCUGGAUUAUUGUUGUAGUUGUUCUGGUUGUAGCAGUUCUGGUCGUCAUCGGCAUUAUUUCUGGUAUUGUUUUCCGUAAGAAGUGCAAGCGGCCGAGAGUGACAACGCCCCCGGUCGGGCCUGUCCAAGUUCCAGCUAUACCAGCUGCAGGUCAUUCGAUUCACUAUCAAAUCUUAAAGGACGGCACAAAAAACUUCUCAGAAGAAAACAAGAUUGGUCAAGGAUGUUUUGGGAAAGUAUACAAGUGUGAGCUACCGCCAAGCGAAUCAACCAGGAUAGGAGUACCAGGUGGGGUGAACAAGGUUGCUGUAAAGGUGCUAAAUCAAUCAGACAAAUACUUCGAAAGAGAAGUGCAAAUUUGUUGUGCGCUGAGUGAUGUCAAUCUUGCUCGACUGCUCGCUUACUGCAACACUAAUACCGAUGACACUGAGGGUAGAGACUGCAAGGGACCAAUAUUAGUCUAUGAAUACAUGGAGAAAGGAAGCCUCGACGACUACAUAUUUGGUACCAAGGACAAACGUAUGGAGCUGAGUUGGACGCAACGCCUAAAAAUUGUUACCUCAGUUGCAGAGGGCAUCUUCUAUCUUCAUGUCCGUUCUAACAGGGACAUCAUUCAUAGAGAUCUUAAGCCCGCCAACAUACUCCUGGCUGAUGAUUUCACACCCAAAAUAGCAGACUUUGGACUGGCAAAGCAUGUUCCUGAUCAGACAGCUUUACAUACACAGUGCCGGAGAGGGGAAACGACGAAGAAAUCCGACGUAUAUAGCUUUGGAGUGGUGUUGCUUGAGAUAAUUAGCGGCAGUCAAAACUGUGUGAAGGUCACACAGAGGCUACUUUCAGAGGCAAGCGUGCAGAAACUCCUCGACCCACUAGUGCCUCUAUCUGAUGAAGAGAAGGAUCCCAAGUUCUUAUCGAGGCUACGGAGGUGCGUCCAUAUUGCAUUGCUCUGCGUGCAAGAGUCGCCCGGCAAAAGACCUGACAUCUCGCGUGUUCUGGAGAUGCUGAGAACCGAUUGUGAACUGCCGGAACCAGAGGAUCCCACGUUACCCGCCGUCGUAGAAGAAGGUGAAACAUCAGGUACAAGGCGCACAGAUGAUGAUAACGACAUCAGAGAACAAAACCAUCAACUCUAG